GCAUGUUCGGAGGAUCCCCAACAACAGACAAGUAUGGCUUGCAGUACCUCAUGUCCUAUGGGAAGAAGGGGCAGACCACGGAUCUGUCGUUGCACUCCGACUGCCUGGGUAAUGGCGAUGAUCCGUUGGCCAAGACCUUUGACCAGGUCUAUUCUGGCAAGGUUCCCAACUUCCUCGUGUGGAACGAUCAGUUCUAUGGCGACCCGGCUCUGAACACCAAGCCGAAGUGCGCCAAAGAGUGUGGCGCUCCCUGGGGCCACAGUAAAGGAGUCAUCGCAUGGGGCGAUGACGGCACUGGCUUUGUGUUGCAGGUGACCACCCCUGACUGGCCCGGUGCAGGAAGCAAGGCGCAGCCACGAUCAUCUGAUGGGAACACCUUGGGCUGCUGCCACGAUGACAAUUCCAAGGUCUCGCAGCACUUCUUCUCGGCACACCUGGCCACGCCCGCGGACACGUUGGCGAUGCUUCAGGCCAUGCAGAGGGCCUCGGUGGCCACAGAUCCCAACAACCCGCAGGUGGCGAAGCUGACCAGUGGCCCAAGCAAUUUGCUUCAAGCGGCCAAACAACUUGGGCAUCAGGUGAAGGAUAUUUUGGAUCCUUUCCAGACCACGCUGAGCGUCAAGACCAGCGCGGGCCCCAUUAAGUUGCUGGCCAAGCCUUCAAGUCUUCAUGUGUCGCCUUGGCACAUGGUCAGUGCGUUGACUCAGACGCCCAUGCGUACGGCCACCUGGUGGGCUCAUCCUACGAUCCCAUCCAGCCACGCGAACUACAAACCAGGCUGCUGGGACAGCCGUUUGAAGAGUCCAGUGCCGGAGGUUCAGGCAGCCAUCUCCGGGCAGUGGAACAAGAAGACGUUCAGCUUCAAGGGUGAGCCCACGACAAAUGGAAAUCAUGCCAAAGUGGGUCAUAGCAUCUCUGGAAGAAACUUGGCCGUCUUCGGUGACAUGAACAUGCAGGGCGCUUUGGACGGUGACUGUGAUUCCUCGCAGAAUGGUCGUGGAGGCAUGUUCUUCGUCUUGGAGGACGAUGUGUUGCACAGCGGCUUGAAGGCACUGCUGGCGGGCGACACCGCGCCUUACGCCGGUGGCGGUGGCCCUCAUUCCCCUGCACCGCCUUCCCCGCCGACCCCGCCGUCCCCACCAUCCCCACCAACGCCUCCAUCCCCACCAACGCCUCCAUCCCCACCGGCGCCACCAUCCCCACCAGCCCCACCGACUGGGCAGUGCGCCGGAGCGGGAGUCGAUUAUAGGAAAUGCAAGGCGAGUGGAUGCAAAUAUGUCAAACAGGCGGACGCCAAGAAAUGCAACGUGGCAAAGUUUGGCUGCUACGACAUUUCUUCGCUUCCAGACAGCUGCAAGACCAGCAAUGAACUCUUCGCUUAGGAUCGUUGGCUGGAUCACUUAGGAUCGCUGAUGGACUAGUCAUGUGUUGAUGUUUUUCAGGAGGUUGAAGCAUUUGAAGCCACC